AUGGCUUUCGCCUGCUACUCUCUCUUCCUCAUUUUGUGCUUCAUAGUUUAUGUUGCCCCUUCUUUUGGAUCCACUAUUGCAGAUGAGCCAUUGCCUCCACACCUUCCUCUUGGAGGUGCAGAUUGUGUCAAUCCCCUCUACGACAUGAAAUCGAAGUGUUCGGGCUACAUUACGAAGAACUACACCAUGACGGUACGCACAGACUUCUGCUGCAACACGCUAUGA